UAGCGAUUAUUCUGUAAAAGAUAUAUGUACAAAAUUAACAGUUUCUAUUUUACGUAUAAUAUUAAUUUCAAAAGUGGGAAAUUUAAACCAUUAUUGGUUUAAUUUGUGCAAUCAUAUAUUGGUGAAAGAUAGAACGUGUCAAAUAGACGCUUGGACGCCAUGAUGGACGGCAUAUGUGAUACUGCCGACAUUUUAAAUAAUGUUCCUUCUAAAAAGACAAUUCAUGCUGACAAUGUAGACCUUUCUGAUAAGUCAUUACAAGUAGAUAUUUCAGAUGCUCUUAGAAAGGAUAAAGUAAAAUUCACAGUACAUACAAAAACCACACUACCUGAAUUUCAAAAGCCAGAUAACUUAGUUGUAAGGCAACAUGAAGAAUUUGUAUGGUUACAUGAUAGAUUUGAAGAUGAGGAAUAUGCUGGUUACAUUAUUCCUCCUUGUCCACCAAGACCAGAUUUUGAUGCAUCCCGUGAGAAAUUACAGAAACUUGGAGAGGGUGAGGGUAACAUGACUCGUGAAGAAUUUAAUAAGAUGAAACAAGAAUUGGAAGCUGAGUAUUUGGCUACAUUUAAGAAAACUGUUGCUAUGCAUGAAAUGUUAACUAGAUUAGCACAUCAUCCAGUUUUUCGAAAUGAUCAUAAUUUAAGAGUAUUUUUAGAGUAUGAUCAAGAUCUUUGUGUGAGAGGAAAAAAUAAAAUGGAAAUGUUUGGUGGUUUAGUCAAAUCAUUCUCUACUACCACUGAUGAAUACUACUUGUCAGCAACUGUUAAAGAUGUGAAUGAUUUCUUUGACCAGGAAAUGUCAUUUUUGCAAACUUAUCAUCAUAAUUUAAAAGAAGCAACAGCUCGAGCAGAUCGGCAAACCGCUAAACAUAAAGAUGUAGCAGAUUCGUACAUAAAAAUCUCUACAAAUCUUUUACAACUAGCUACAACCGAUACCGGUAAAUUAGAAAGAUUUUUAACAAAAAUUGCCGAAACAUUUGAAAAAUUAAGGAAAGUUGAAGGUCGGGUAGCAUCUGAUGAAGAUUUAAAAUUGUCAGACACUCUUCGUUACUAUAUGAGGGAUACAGCUGCAGCUAAACGGCUUUUGUUUAGAAGGUUGAAAGCUUUACACGCAUAUGAAUCAGCAAAUCGUGCUCUUGAAAAAGCUCGUGCCAAAAAUAAAGAUGUUCAUGCUGCAGUGGAGGUUGCUGAGGCGGAACAAGCUCAAACGGAAGCAUGCGAGAAAUUUGAACAAAUGUCGGAGAAGGGAAAAGAAGAGUUAAUGGAUUUCAAAACAAGAAGAGUAACUGCAUUUAGAAAGAACCUAAUUGAAUUAACCGAAUUAGAAAUAAAACAUGCAAAAGCACAUGCGGAAUUGCUCAAAAAAUGUUUAUCAGUUUUACGAGAAGAGUGAUCCAGUUUAAUAACUCUCAUGGUAAAGAUUACCAUGUAAUCUGUACGAAGAUUACAAUCUAUUUAAAAUUAUAGUAAUGUAAUCGUACUGUAAAAUAUAUAUAUUUUUGUUAUCUAGAUUUAUAUUACCUCGAUAAAGGUAUUAUUAACUGUAAAAGUGCUCCAUAUAAAGUAAUUAAUGUUUAGUAUUUUCAAACUGUAUGUAAAUGUUAUAAUAAUUCUUUAUGCUUAGAAAGUAGUUAUCUUUUUUAUAAAAAUUUUUUAAGGAAACACUUCAUUCAGAAUUAUAUAAUAGAUAAUACCUCUUGUCGAAUCUUUCCGUAAGUUUAAUUUGUUACAAGUUGAAAGAUUCUUUAUAUUCUACAUGGUGUAUGUACACCAUGAGUAUUGCAAGGUGUUUUUUUAAUAUGUGUUACAUUCAGGAAAUAAGAGAUUCGUAAUGUAGAAAUAAGCUAACGUAAAACUAUGGGUAUAUUUUUUGAAAAAUACAAAACAAAGUAAUAAUUCCAAAAAGUUGAAAGUUUUAUAAAAUUAAUUGUUGAUUAAUAUAAAUAAUGAUAAAAUACAUUGUGAAUAUUUAAUAAAUAUUAGGAUAACCAUGUAUAUAGGAAAUAUCGAAAAUUAUGGGAAACAUUAAAACUGUAAAUGUAUUAUAACUAUAUCGAUGCGUAAUAUUUUAUAAUUUCAUCAGUAAUUGAUUAUAGAUAAUAACUACUACGGUAAAGUAUAAAUACAAUCAGGAUCGUAAUCAUACUUCAAGAAUCUUUUAUUUCCAAAAUUUAUCACAUCUUAUGAAAUGUCCUGUACAUAAUGAUUCCAUGUAUACGUGUACGUAUACACAUAAAUGUCAUUUAAAUAAGAACACGUACAAAAUUUUGUUGUUGGUAAAAACAAAAAAAAAAGAAAGGGUUGCUGGUGCAUUCAGUUAAUGUGAACAGUGAAAUCUACUGUAUAAUGAUAAAAGCAAUAUUAUUUCAAAUAAUUUUGUUUUUAAAAAUUCUUCAACACAAAAGUUUUAUAUAUAAAUUAGUAUAUAUAUAUACAUACAUUAACUUUUAAGAUUUUUACAGAUAAAUUAGUGUUAUAUAAUGUUAAUUCAAUUUACAAUAUUUUGUUUGUUCAAUAAAUUGUAUGAUAAGAAAAGGGACCUUAAAUUUAAACGAUUACGUGUAAUCUGAUUGUAUGAGUGCGAUUUGCAUAUUUACCAAAAAAAUUAUUCAAAGCUUGCCAAAGAUAAUUAAAAGAAACAAAAGCAAUUGAAAUGACAUAACAUAGAUGUUUGUAUAGACAAAGGUUUAUGUUGUUUUUUAUUCAUUUGAAAUAUACCAUUCUCUAUCGUACAUGAUCGCAGACAUUCAUCAAAGUUAAUUAUUAAACAGAACUUGGUUAUUUAAUUUCCAAGGAUUCAUUUAAAA